AUGUUCUUUAGUUGGCUACUCUUUCUCAUCACUCAAGAUUAUUUAUUUAUAUAUAUAAUAAUAAUAAUAAUGGUCAACUUGCCGUGGUUCAUUCCCCAAAAGAGAAACGUCGUUGACACAAACGACUACGAGGUGAUCGUUGCCGCUGACAAGUCCGACAUCACAGGCUUACAGGACGGAUUCCCAACGUUUCAAACCAACGAUGGCAAAUUCGUUAAAGUCAAAGAAUUCAGAGAUGAAUCCAAGAGACCAUGGUGGAAGUUUUUUGAUGAGUUUGAAUAUCGUGAAACCACUAGCGCUUCAGAAGCCCACAAAUGGUACAAUUGGUAUGAACCAGGAACCAGUGCGGCGGAAAAGAAGUUAUUGUGGAAGUUGGACAUCCUAAUUGCUUUUUACUCCUUUCUUUCCUAUUUCUCCAAGUUUGUCGACCAGACCAAUAUUAAUCAGGCAUAUGUCAGCGGAAUGAAGGAAGACCUAGGAAUGAAGGGUAAUGAUUUAAUCCAUACCCAAGUGCUUUUCACCGUUGGUACAAUUAUUCUUGAAAUCCCAAUAUCCUACCUUUUGCCUCGGAUCCCAUCAAAUUAUUUGCUCUUUUCUGCCGAACUUGGUUGGUCAGUCUUUACAAUUUUCACUUAUUCUGUCAAAUCAGUACCGGCAUUAAAAGGCCUCAGAUUUUGCACCGGGUUCUUUGAAGGUGCAUUUUUCCCGACAAUCCAAUACGUUCUUGCGAGUUGGUAUAAAACUUCUGAAAUUUCCAGAAGAGGUGCUCUUUUUUAUUCUGGUCAAUUCUUGGGGGUCUUGACUGCUGCACUUAUUCAAGGUGCGGUAUACGAUUCAAUGAACGGGGUUGACGGUUUAGCUGGCUGGAGAUGGUGUUUUAUUGUUGAUGGUCUCAUGUCCUUGGUUGUUGCUAUCAUUGGUUUGAUAGUUCUCCCAGGUACCCCAUUCAGUUGUUACUCAAUUUGGUUAACCGACGAUGAAAUUCUUUUGGCCAGAAAAAGAAUGUACGAAAACGGUACUGAUAGUUCAGAUCAAGCUAAAUCAUACUUUGAUAAAGAAACUUGGAAGAAGGUGUUCAGUUCAUGGCACAUUUAUUUGUUUGGGAUCAUGCAAUUCUUGGGUUAUAACACAAAUAACACCUCCAGUGGGUCUUUUGUCCUUUGGUUGAAGUCGCUUGAUAAGUACUCUAUUGGAAAAAUUAAUAAUUUAUCCGCUGCUGCCCCUGCGGUUGGUAUUUUGUACAUAAUUAUUGUGUGUUUUGGAGCUGACUUGACCAGAAAGCGGUUUGCUUGGAUUGCAUUUUCUCAUGUCAUGAAUUUCGUUGGUAAUUGUAUCUUGUCUAUUUGGGAUGUUCCUUCGGGGGCCAAAUGGUUUGCAUUCCUCUCAAGUUAUUGGUCUUGGUCAAAUUCUUCGGUGUAUAAUCCAAUGAUUUAUGACUUCUAUAGAGCCGAUAAUAAUGUUCGUUCCAUUGCUUGGAAUCUCAUUUAUCUCUUUGGAUUACAAUCUUCUGCCUGGAUGAAUUUACUCGUGUGGCCAACCGUUGAAGCUCCGCGGUUCAAGACAGGGUUUUCAGUUUGUGCAUCGUUCAGUCUUGCCUUCAUUUUCUUUUUGAUCAUUUCAUACUACCUUUAUAAGCGUGAUUCGCGAAGAGAAGCUCUUGAGUUUGGUAUUUAUAUUUACAACAGCAAUUAUGAAGGGGUUCCUGAAUUUGUUAAGCAAAAUGGCGAUAAAGCGGCUGGGAAAAUCACAUCCGAUAGUGAUAGUGAAAUCAGUGAAAAUGGGUCCAGCGAUUCAAAAGCCUCUAAGGAUUUGAAAGAGGUGGUUGAAGUUCGUUAUCAUGAUGAAUUGUGA